AUGGCUCCUCCAUGGCGUAUACUAGCUGGCAAGACAGCCUGUGUCACUGGUGGCACAACGGGAAUAGGCCGAGCCAUCACCUUGGAGUAUUUGCGUCAAGGAUGUAAUGUCGCCGUAAAUCAUCUGGGCCUUUCCAGAGAUGAGUCUUUGAGAAAACGUCUACAUGAAGAGGCGGAAGCUCUCCAGCACGAGGGGCCGAAAGACGUACCGGCUGGCAGGUUGAUCGAUAUUCCUGGCGACAUUACCGAUCCCACCACUGGCACACAUCUCGUUGCUGAAGCUGUCAAGAAAUGGGGUGGGUUGGACAUAUUUGUGGCCAAUGCCGGCAUUUUCAAGGCUUGUGAGUUCUUGAAGAUUGAGAAAGACUUUUUUGAUCAGUCAAUGAAUGUCAAUGUGAAUGCGGCGUUUUACACCUGCCAAGCAGCAGCACGGCAACUGGUGCAACAAGGGAGAGGCGGCUCCAUCAUCGGAGUCUCGUCCAUUAGUGCACUGGUCGGAGGGGGCUUGCAAGUUCACUAUACGCCAACCAAGGCCGCGGUUCUAUCCAUGAUGCAGUCCAUGGCAAUUGCGCUGGCCAAGAACAAGAUUAGGUGUAAUGCUCUGCUGCCAGGCACCAUACAUACACAGUUGGCCGAGGACGAUAUGCGGAAUGACACGAAACGCAAGUAUUUAGAGCACCGAAUCCCAAUGGGCCGCGUAGGGAAACCAGAGGACCUGGCCGGCCCGGCAGUUUUUCUCGCCAGUGAGGAGUUGAGUGGUUAUAUGACUGGUUCUCAAGUGCUGGUGGAUGGAGGCAUGUUUGUUCAUCUGCAAUGA